CAGACUUGGAAUCUGCACUGGGGCGAGAGUGCUGUGAGGAAGGAAGGAAGGAACUACAUUGAUUAAUUUGAAGAGAGACAGGCUGUUGCUGCUGGAAUAAGUCUGUGAAACUGUAGGUAGCAAUAUUAACUCGAGUGCACAGGGCAUGGCAACGAUCAGCUUGGGAUUCCUGUUCGCCUUCGUUAGGCUUGGCUGGGGUCUUCCCAGUUCCGUCCUGACCGUCCGCCCUCAGAAAGCGCUGGUGGAACUGGGGGGCUCCGUCCGGCUGACCUGCUCCACGGACUGCCCCGGCGGGAAAGUCCAGUGGGAAGGCCUGGACAUCGACCAGGGCGAAGUCUUCUCCAACAAGACGCACAGCGUCCUGACCAUCGCCAAAGCCGCCGUCAGCAUAGAAGGAGCCAAGUUUUGCACAGGCCAGUGCCGGGGGGCCUCCGACCAGAAGAGCGUGGAGCUGCAAGUGUAUUCUUUCCCCGAUGCCUUGCAACUGGACUCUGAGCCAAAGAUUCUGAGGGCUGGGGAGCCGGCCCGCCUUGAAUGCUUCUUGAGCAAGGUGUACCCUCCGGGCGCCCUGACGCUGAGCUGGUUCCGGGGAGAGGAGAGGCUGGAGGCUGCCGACGCAGAAGAGCACAUGGAGGAUUUUGACCAACAGCUGAUGUUUUAUCGCUCCGUCCUUGAGGUCCCGACGGCGGCAGAGGGAGCAGCCUACAAAUGCGAAGCUACUCUGGACGUCGAGCCGGACACGUUCCGCCAAUCCAGGGUGGCCGCCGUGAACCCCCAAACCACACAGGUGCCCAGCGCUACAGAGGAGGCUACCUUUGCUCUCGUGACGGAAAGAACAAGCCGUGUGGCUACUCUGGAGCCGGCCGUCACCUUGCCGGCGGCAACCACCAGUGGCCUUCCCCUUCUCUCCACCACUGAGCCCCUGACCACGACGUCAACCGCUUCUCCCACCCCAGAACCCCUUUCGGAAAUGAGCAGCCCUUCCCCGACAAGGAAUCCUGUUGUGGAGGUGAAGACGAGCUCUCAGAACUCUGGGACUGGGACCAGGGCCAACACCGUGCAGGUCCCCGUCUCGACGUCGACGCCAGCAACCUCGCAAGCCCCUCACUUGACAGAUGGACCACCUGCCACCGCGUCCGUCCCCACCACAGCUGGCAGCCCCGUCACCCUUGCCACCCAAAAGCAACGCAGCUCCUCCACCGCCACGGACCCCUCCAAAGACCCCUGCCGCCCCGUCAUCACUCCUGUCCCCACCCAAGGGAGCACGGGGGGCACCCUGCGGAUCACGUGCCUCACGGCCAACUGCAGCAAGGACGUCCAGGUCCGAUGGGUGGAGACUCCCGUAGCUAAGUCCCGGUACCGCCAGGAAGAAGCCAGGGGCUGGUCCACCCUGGUUGUGGAGAGCGUCUCCCUCGAGCAUCAGGGGGUCUACCGGUGCCUUGCGAUAGCCAGCCAGCCCCGCAUAGCCAGCUUGACCAUCUCCAUCGUGCCUAAUGCUACGUUCAGCACAGAAACCGCCGUCGCCAUCGGAAGUACCGGCUCCCUCCUGGGGGUGGUCAUCACCGGGUAUGUGGCCCGCCGCUUGUGGCGGCGACGCGGCUAAGAGCAGGUGGCUCCAUCGACACCCGUCUCUUCCCUCUCUGCAGCGGUUACCGUGUUUGUUUCCCCCUGAAUUUUUUCGGGGAGCCUUUGAGGGAGGACACAACCCACCCAACUCCCGCCAGCUGCUGCUAGGAGGACUCAGUGUUUCUUUCCGCGCUUCCUGGUGUCACAGAGAAGAGGCAAAUCCAGCAGGGGAACCCUACCACCUGAGCGGAAGGGGGUCGACCCUCCCCACCCACCGAUAGACAGGAGCAACUUCUGCCUAGACUGAAACCAUACGCCGGAAUCCGAAGGUCAUCCGAGUCUAGUUGUCCGGUCAAACCUUGUUCCCUCCUUGACAUUUUUUGAGGCCGUGACCCUAAGCACAGUUUACUUUCGGCCACACAUGAAACUCAGUGGGAUUUGUGUUUUGAGUCGGCCUUUUUUAGGGUCGGGGCAGCGGGCAGGAGGCGAGCAGAGCCUCCGGAGUUUUGAACACUGCAGAAGAGAGACUGGAUGGAAGCUAUUCCUAGAGAACUGUAGAGGUGUGGGCCCAACAUCUCGUCCACUUCCCCCUCUUUCGCAACUCUUGGACCCAAGAGGUCUAUAGUUGGGUUUGCUGGCUGGCCAACAGACCCGAGCACAAAUCAAAUCAGGUAUUUCUUCGUGGACUUUUAAUUGCCAGAGGUUGCGGCGAUGACUACGGCCUUAGGCAGCCGAGCAUCGCAGAAUCGUAGAAUUGGAAGGGACACCAAGGGUCACCCCCUGCGACAGGGGAAUCUUUUGCCCAAUGCAGGGCUUGAACCCACGACCCUGUGAUUAAGAGUCUCCUGCUCUACUGACUGAGCUAUCCCCUAGGGCUCUUCUGGUCGCUUCGAUUUGCCAGUAAUGGAACUUCCACAGUCAGGGGAAGUCUCUCUGGGCUGUCUGAUACUUAAAACAGCAGAGGAAUGGGACAUUACCUGUGGACAGGGCGGGCGCCAGGCAAAUAUUUGUUCCCACCAAGUGAGUUCAUCCAGAAAUGCCCUUGUCAACCGCAGCCACAUCCCUAAACAGAUUACUUUGUAUAUAAGCCCUAUCUAUUGUACAUACAGUUGGUUUUUUUGUAGAGAUUACCACUACUGUA